ACCCCCAACACAAGCCUUUCCUCUCCUAGUCCCCGGGACGGUGUCAGCCCUGAACAUAGCCCAGGCUGGGAGAGUGGGGGGCUUACACCCUUGGGUGACUUAAUGUGCCCACUGGCCCACCCUGCCCAAGACCUACCACUUCUGCUCUCUCAGCUCUCCCUGGAUCCAUCGGGUCCCGAGUGGGAUUGCCCACUGGGUUCCAAGGACCUGGAGGAAGAGGGCCCCUGGGGAGGGGGCUCUGGCCUGCCGCCCACAGGCUGCUUCCCUGGCUCCUGGCGCCAGGACGUGGGCCUGGACUGCAAGGGAUCCCCCGAGGGGGCCGAGGCCCGGGCUUGGACUGUCUACUACUACAGCCUCCUGCAGAGCUGUCUGCAGCAAGCUGGCCUUCCGGAGACCCAGGACCGCAGCCAGGUGCCCCGCACAGGCUGUCCUGGGGCGGAGGUGACCUUGUGCGUUCUGGGCUCCCCCAGCACCUUUCUGCCUGUGCUGCUGGAGGGUGGGGUCCAGAGCCCGGGAAACAUGCUCCUUUGCCUGUCCCCUGCUUGGCUGAUGAAGGUGCCAGCACCCGGGCAGCCGGGUGAGGCAGCCCUGCUAGUCUCCAAGGCUGUGAGCUUCCACCCUGGGGGCCUGACAUUCCUGGAUGACUUUGUCCCCCCGCGCCGUGCCACCUACUUUUUGGCAGGCCUGGGCCUGGGGCCUGGCCGGGGCCGAGAGGCAGCAGAACUCGCCCGUGACCUGACCUGCCCCACAGGAGCUUCGGCUGAGCUGGCCCGGCUGCUGGAAGACCGGCUGCUGACAAGGCAGUUGCUGGCCCAGCAGGGUGGUGUGGCUGUGCCAGCAACCCUGGCUUUCACCUACAAGCCGCCGGGGCUGCUGCGGGGAGGGGAUGCCAGCCUAGGGCUACGGCUGGUGGAGCUGAGUGGCAAAGAGGGCCAGGAGACGCUGGUGAAAGAGGAAGUGGAGACUUUUCUGUGCUCCGAGGCCCUGGGUGAUAUCCUGCAGGUGGCUGUGAAGCUCAGUGGCUGGCGCUGGCGGGGGCGGCAGGCAUGGCGUCUGCACCCGCGGGCAGAGCUGGGUGCAGUGGUGGACACAGUGCUGGCGCUGCUGGAGAAGCUGGAGGAGGAGGAGAGUGUCCUGGUGGAGGCUGUGUACCCACCUGCCCAGCUGCCCUGCUCAGAUGGUCCUUCACCCGGCCCCGGCCUGGCCGUGCGAAUCUGUGCUGUGGUGUGUCGGACACAGGGUGAUAGGCCACUGCUGAGCAAGGUGGUGUGCGGCGUGGGCCGCGGGGACCGCCCCCUACGGCACCACAACUCCCUGCCGAGGACGCUGGAGGUGGCGCUGGCCCAGUGCGGCCUGGGCGAGGAGGCGCAGGUGGCGGCUGUGCGGCAGCGCGUCAAGGCGGCGGCCGAGGCCGCGCUGGCCGCCGUGCUGGCUCUGGAGGCCGGCCUGAGUGCCGAGCAGCGCGGCGGGCGCCGGGCGCACACGGACUUCCUGGGCGUGGAUUUCGCGCUGACAGCGGCCGGCGGCGUGCUGACCCCAGUGGCCCUGGAGCUGAACGGCGGCCUGUGCCUGGAGGCGUGCGGCGCGCUGGAGGGGCUGUGGGCCGCGCCGCGGCUGGGGCCGGCGGCCGACGAGGCGGUGGCGGCGCCGCUGGUGGAGACCAUGCUUCGGCGGUCGGCGCGCUGCCUCAUGGAGGGAAAGCAGCUGCUGGUGGUCGGCGCUGGCGGCGUCAGCAAGAAGUUCGUGUGGGAGGCGGCGCGCGACUACGGGCUCCAGCUGCACCUCGUGGAGUCAGACCCCAACCACUUUGCAUCCCAGUUGGUACAGACCUUCAUCCACUUUGACAUGACAGAGCACCGGAGGGAUGAGGAGAACGCACGGCUGCUGGCAGAGUUGGUGCGGGCUCGCGGCCUCAAGCUAGAUGGCUGCUUCUCCUAUUGGGAUGACUGCCUGGUGCUCACAGCCCUGCUCUGCCAGGAGCUAGGUCUGCCCUGCAGCUCCCCAGCUGCCAUGCGCCUGGCUAAGCAGAAGAGCCUCACCCAGCUGCACCUGUUGCGCCACCAUGGCCCACCCUGGCCUGCGCCCUCCCUCCAUGCUGUGCCCUGCUGCCCACUGGAGAGCGAGGCUGAUGUGGAGAGGGCCGUGCACCAGGUACCCCUGCCAGGUGUCAUGAAGCUGGAGUUCGGGGCAGGUGCAGUGGGUGUGCGGCUGGUAGAGGAUGCGCCACAGUGCCAUGAGCACUUUUCCCGGAUUACCCGAGACUUGCAGGGCGAGGCCGACCACCCAGGCAUUGGGCUGGGCUGGGGCAAUGCCAUGCUGCUGAUGGAGUUUGUGGAGGGCACCGAGCACGACGUGGACCUGGUGUUGUUUGGUGGGCGGCUGCUGGCUGCAUUUGUCUCCGACAAUGGCCCUACGAGGCUGCCUGGCUUCACUGAGACAGCAGCCUGCAUGCCCACCGGGCUGGCACCAGAGCAGGAGGCACAGAUGGUUCAGGCAGCCUUCCGCUGUUGCCUGGGCUGCGGGUUGCUCGAUGGAGUCUUCAACGUGGAGCUCAAGCUGACCGGGGCUGGGCCUCGGCUUAUCGAGAUCAACCCCCGCAUGGGUGGCUUCUACCUGCGUGAUUGGAUCCUGGAGCUCUAUGGUGUGGACCUGCUGCUGGCUGCUGUUAUGGUGGCCUGUGGCUUGCGUCCUGCCCUGCCCACCCGCCCACGUGCUCGUGGCCAUCUGGUGGGCGUCAUGUGCCUUGUGUCCCAGCACCUGCAGGCCCUGAGUUCCACCGCCAGCCGUGAGACCCUGCAGGCCCUGCACGACCGUGGACUGCUACGCCUCAAUCUGCUGGAGGAGGCCCUGGUGCCUGGCGAGUACGAGGAGCCCUACUGCAGUGUGGCCUGUGCCGGACCCAGCCCCACCGAGGCCCGUCUCCGCCUGCUGGGCCUCUGCCAGGGCCUGGGCAUCGAUGGGCCCAGCUACCCUGUUGCCCACUUCCUGUCUCACUUCAAAUAGCACUGGGGUCAGGGGGCAGGGAAGCAGUGCUGGGAGGAGGCACUGUGGUGCCCUCUGCUCCCUGGAGCUCUUCCUGUUUCUCUCCCUAUCACCAUGCCCCAGCCCCAGCCUGGCCCGCUGCAAUGCCUAGGUCUGUUCCAGAGCAGCAGGGCAAUUUAGACACCAAGGCAUCCUGGACUCAAGGGCCUCUUGCCCUCCCGAAGGCCCCAGUCCAGCCUACAGCUUCCCCAGCAUUCUAGUCUUGGAGAAAUGACAAUGGCCACACACACACACACACACACACACACACACACACACACACACCCCUCUGACGCCAGCUCCCCAGGUGGGAGUGGGCCCAAACCCAGCCCCUCCUGUCCACCUCUCCAGGUCUCACUCUCUUCCUGCCAUCUACAAGAGGAGAGGACCUGGCUGGGCCCCAAGCCUUGGACAAAUCCUGGGAAAACCUGAGACUAGAACCCUUGUCUUCCUCUUACCCAAAUUCUAGGAUAGCUCUAGAGCCUGCUGGAAACUUGGUGGCAUCCAACCUGCCUCAUUUGGCCUGAGCGGUAGAGGCAGGUGGCCUGUGGACAGAAGUAAUCCUCUUUCUGCUCACCCCAGGCAGACACAACUGCCUAUGUUCCCCCGAUGAGAGGAAACAGGCUGAGAGAAGAAAAAUGACUGCUCCAGGAUUAUACCACAGUGGAGGGCGGGUCACAGGACAUGAUGCAGGGUCCAGGUUUCUGUUUUGAUCAAGUUUUACAUGCCCAUUCAGCUUCUAGGCCCCCCUCACCUCCCUGCCCUCAUUCACAAGUGGCCCUGAGACACGUGAACACCUCCCUCCUAUGCAUCACAAACCUUCUCCACCGAGCUUUGGUGCUUUGGCCUCUGGCACACCUAACUAGCAUUGGCAGAGGAGAGUCUACACUCUCUUCCUCAUUCAGGGAAGAUGCUUUAAGAAAUCCUGCCUCUGUGCAGCAGAGGAGCUGGAGGCAGCUCCCCAGGCAUCCCUCCCCAAAUAAAGGCUUAUGUACUGGUGAA